AUGCCUCCCAAGAAGACCGAGGGCGCCGCCGCUGCCCCCAGCAAGAAGUCCACCCACGCCAGCUACCAGGACAUGAUCACUGAUGCUAUCGUUGCUCUCAAGGACCGUAACGGAUCUUCCCGCCAGUCCCUGAAGAAGUACGUCAAGGCCAACAACCAGAUCAACACCGUCAGCGACAACAUGUUCGACUCUCUCUUCAACAAGGCCCUCCGCGCCGGUGUUGAGAAGGGUGUCUUCGAGCAGCCCAAGGGUCCCUCCGGUGGCACCAAGCUCGCCAAGAAGGCGCCCAAGCCCGCUGAGAAGAAGGCCCCCGCAAAGAAGGAGGCCAAGGAGCCCAAGGAGAAGAAGGCUGCUGCGAAGAAGGAGACCAAGGAGCCCAAGGAGAAGAAGGCUGCCGCUCCCAAGAAGGCCGCCGCCAAGAAGGAGACCAAGGAGGCGAAGGAGCCCAAGGAGAAGAAGGCCGCUGCCCCCAAGAAGGCUGCUGCCGAGAAGAAGGAGAAGAAGCCUGCCGCCAAGAAGGCUGCUGCCGCCAAGGAGGAGAAGCCCGCCGUCCUCAGCAAGACCAAGACUGGUCGCGUCACCAAGACUGAGAAGAAGGCACCGGCCGCCAAAAAGGAGGCCAAGGAGCCCAAGGAGAAGAAGGCCGCCGCUCCCAAGAAGGCUGCCGCCCCGAAGAAGGCAGCACCCAAGAAGGCCGCCGCCGACAAGAAGGAGGCCAAGGCUGAGGCUCCCGCUGCCACGGCAUAA